AUGGACGUCGCCCGUGUGUCCCAGGAGCUGCGCGAGUGGUUUGCCCGGCGCUGGAGGCGUGCUGCUAGAGCUGGAGGUUCUUCGGCUACUAAGGGUGCUGGUGUCGCGGGUCCCGGAGGUGCUCGUACUGGGAGUACUGGAGCUGCUGGGCCUGCGGGUACGACUGGAGCUGGAGCUGCGGAGGGUGUUGGCGCUAAGGCUACUGCUGUCAGUCCUGGAGGCGGUCCUGCUGGGGGUGCUAUUGGUGCUGCUAAAGGUCCUGGAGCUACUGGAGCUGCUGGGGGUGCUGGAGCUGGAGGUGCUGCUGGCACUGGUGCUACCACUGAGUGUACUGGUGCUGUCCCUGCUGUGUCUGGAGUCGCCGCGCGACAACGGCCGUACUUCGUUCCGCUCCUUCAGCAAGUUCUUGGUCUUCCGCCUUCUACUGGUCCUCCUCCUCCCUUAGAGUGA